CGAUGCUAGUUUACUAGCGACUAGUGAAACACCAUACUAUCUUACUAUCUCACUAGUAUAUAGUAAAAUAGUUAUUUCAUAUACACGAUAUUCAAAUACUAGUAGUUACUAGUAGUUAAAGUACCACUAGUACCAGUAGUCAGUACAGCCUCAUGACUGGUCAUCGUGAAGUACCCACUGCUGUUUGAUUUAAUUUGUUUUUUCAUCUAUAAUAAGUUUGUGAUAUAUUUGUGUUUAUGCCAUGGACAACAAAUUUGUUUUGGCGUGUAUACAUUUUCUGAGAACCGCAAUAAAAAUUGAACUUGAAAGAAGAAAAAAAACUAAGAAGAGAUUGUGGGUAAAAAAAUGGAUUUCUAACAGACAUUAUUUAGGAGCUUCUUCUACCUUACUUAAGGAGUUGGCGGUGGAUGAUCAACUGUCAUAUAGAAACAUAAUGCGAAUGAGUACAGACAACUUUGAAAAUCUUUUGUGUCUCACUAGAAGCAUGAUACAAAAGCAAGAUACAAAUAUGCGAAUGGCACUACCGGCCAAGUUAAAACUUGAGAUAACAUUACGUUUUUUAGCAACGGGAGAUUCAUUCAAGUCUUUACAAUAUUUGUUCAGAGUACCAGCAUGUACAAUUUCAAAAUUUUUGCCCGAAGUUCUUGAUGCGAUAAUAGAAGCUCUUAAAUCAUAUUUAAAGGUACCUACCACUAAUGAUGAAUGGGCAAAAAUUGCUGAAUUAUAUGAUAGACGAUGGAAUUUCCCCAAGUGUUGUGGAUCAAUUGACGGAAAACAUGUUCAAAUUAAAAAACCUAUAAAUAGCGGCUCAGCGUUUUACAAUUACAAAGGCACCUUCAGUGUUAUUUUAUUUGCCCUGGUAGAUGCAAAUUAUUGUUUCCGCUAUUUAGACAUUGGUGGAAAUGGCCGUGCAAGUGACAGUGCCAUAUUUCGAGACUCGACAUUAAAUAUAGCCAUGGAAAAUUAUACCCUAGGUUUUCCUGACGAACAUGUAAUAAUAGGAGAUGAUGCUUUUCCUUUGAGAAUAAAUUUAAUGAAACCUUAUAGCAAACGUAAAUUAUCCAAUAAGGAAGUAAUUUUUAAUUAUAGGUUAUCAAGGGCCAGGCGCGUAGUCGAAAAUGCUUUCGGAAUAUUAGUUUGGCGAUUUAGAGUAUUUUUAAGACCAAUAGAAUUACAACCAUCAACCGUGGACAAAGUUAUUUGGAGUGCUUGUGCUCUACAUAAUUGGCUACGGAUGACAAAUUCAAAAGCAUAUUUUCCAUCUAAUGCAGUAGACACCGAAGAUUUAAACACUGGCGCAGUUACUUCAGGGUUGUGGCGUGAUUUUACAAGUGGAUUGGCAUCAACAUCGCAAUUAGGAAGCAACAAUUAUAAACAAGAUGCUGAGAGUAUAAGAAAAAAAUACACAGAUUUUUUUUUCAACGAGGGUUCCGUUCCAUGGCAGUGGCAAAAAUGUGGGAUAACAGAUUAAUCAUGAAACUUAAUUUUAUACAUUAA